AUGGAAAUUCCCACAGGCACAGAGGCUGGACGGCUUAUCGAGCGUGGUCGGAUAAGUAUCAAUGGUCGGCCGAUUGUACAGAACAGAUGGGUGAAUGUUCAUAAGGACUCUAUACUGGUUAAUGGCACCCCGCUAGAGGCCACAUGUCGGCUAACUUUGCUCAUGCAUAAGCCCGCAGGGUAUGUGGUCAGCCGAGAUGAUCCUCUGAAUAGGGAUACUGUAUUCCAACUGCUGCCUGACCCCAGCGUAUACAUCGGAGCAUCUGGUCGUCUUGAUAAGGAUACCACCGGUCUCCUGCUGCUUACUAACGAUACCUAUUUGCAAUCAUCAUUGGUGGAUCCAGUCUAUAAAGUCCCCAAGGUCUACCGAGUGGUAGUGAAGGGAGCGGCCCUCAACGGGGCACAGCUCAUGGCACUACGCAGUGGGGUCUCGCUAGAAGACGGCCCGACCCUGCCUGCACUGGUGGAGCCUCUGGACGUGAAUGGAGACCCUCUCCCACUUGAAAUGAGCGAAUAUGACCGCUACAAAUGCAAGCAGUUGAAUAUCACUCUAUGGGAGGGACGGAACCGGCAGGUUAGACGGAUGGUCGAGGCUGUAGGGUCCACAGUCCGGGACUUGUGCCGGAUACAACUGGGCCCUUUCUCGCUUCAUGCAGCUGGAGUGCCGAACCCUGGAGAUGUGCGUCAACUCACUAUAGAUGAGGUGGAGACAUUGAAGACCUAUAUCAAUUCACAGGCUAUGCGCACCAAGAGAUUCCGCAAAGUUGGUAUUGGCAGCAGUGAGAUUUCAAGCUCUGGUUCAUGA